AUGUGGCUUCUUGCUGUGUUGUCACUCGUCAUUUCGGCUGUGCUUGCAAUUGAAAUUGGAGAUGAUCUCAGCUUCCAACUGGAUCUGAUCAAGCAUCAACCGUGCAAUCGUGGCAGUAAUGCGAAAUGGACGAAAAAGUUGGAGUUUGAGUCAGGCACCGACAAGAAGGGUCCAAAGCUGGAACCAAUUGCUGAUCGACCAAACUGUUAUACUAUUGGAGGAAAAGUAGAUGUGUUGGAGGAUUUUCAUGGUGAAUUUUCUAUAUAUCUUGAGCUUCGUAACACAGCAAGCAAGAGGCAAGUGCCAGAAAGUUGCGUAAAACAAGGAGCUGAUGGCUGUGGCGGAUUUGGUUCAUGGUGA